AUGAGCGAGUCCGAGUUUGAUCUAAAAGCAACCCUAUCCUCCAAAACAUGGUUUGGCUUCGAUCUGGACGAUACCCUGCAUGAAUUCCGCAAAGCAUCAGGCCAGGCUUCUUUCAGUGUAUUCGAAGCCAUCAGUGACAAAUACCGAAAACCUGUCGAUCACCUAAGGACCAAAUAUCAAGAAAUUCUGAAGGAAUCGACGGCCCAUGCUUUCACAGACGGAAGGACCUCGACUGAAUAUCGGCGAGAACGAUUUACACGGCUCCUGCAAGACAAUGGCAUUGAUGAAAGUCAGGACAUCGACCGUCUACUUGGGAUCUAUCAAUCUUCGCUGCGAUUUAACUUAGCUCUGAAAGCAGGCGCAUUACAACUACUUGAGACUCUGCAGCGACUGGACAAGAAAGUAAUCGUGAUCACCGAGGGCCCGGCUGAUGCUCAGGAAUGGACUGUUCGGGAAUUGGGCCUGUGGCCCUAUGUUGAUGUUCUUGAAACAACCAAUAAGGUUGGGAAAUCAAAGAUUGAUGGGCUUUUUGGGGCCAUUCUGAGGAAGUAUAACAUUCAGCCCGGGGAUAUGGCUUACUUCGGGGACAAUGAGAUACGGGAUGUGCACGCAGCGCAGAAAGAGGGUAUUCUGGCCAUCUUAUACGAUCAGAAACAGGAGAGCGACUUGAGAUAUCCCAAUUCUUUGAGAAUCAAUUCUUGGGACCAGUUGCAGACUAUAUUACUAGUUUAG